AUGCAUCAGAGCUACCGGGCCUGGAGAAAUUCGCCGCGGUGCGCCAAGACCACCUUCGUCUCCGUCUACUUCUCAAACCUCAUCCGGAAGGUUUCAAUCUCAAGUCGUUCCAUCAUUUUACAUCAAGUUCCUGUAGGACACGUUGGGGUAGGAGGUGCUCUUUUGAAAACCAACACUGCAGAACUUGGAGCUGCCGGGCCUAGAGAAAUUCACUGCGUUGAGCCAAGACCACCCGCAUCUCCAUCAAUCUGUCCAGUGGCAAAGUCACGCCAACCUCAUCCAGAAGGCUGGUCACACUUUGAGUGA